AUGCGCUUCUCUACCCUCGUCCCUUUGCUGCUUGCGGCCGGUGUUGCCAACGCCCAAUUCGGUGGUCAAGGCCAGAACAACGGCCAAAAUGGACAAAAUGGUGGCAACAAUGGCGGCAACAAUGGCGGCAACAAUGGCCAGAACAACGGCCAGAACAACGGCGGUAACAACGGCGGUAACAACGGCGGUAACAACGGUCAAAACGGCGGCAACAACGGCGGCAACAAUGGUGGUAACAACGGUGGUAAUGGUGGUGGUUUGGCCCUCAACGCCGAUGUCGUUCAGACGGCCAGUCAAUCCGACGGAUUCGAUCAGGGUCAAGAGGACGGACAAGCCGCGUCUCUCACUGACCAAGCCAACUUCAUUAACUUCUGUCAAGGCAAGACCCUCACCAAUGGUCUCCAAGUUAAGGAAGGCUCCUGCAACGGUAUUGUCAUGGGAGAUAUCCCUGCUGUCGGCCAAAUGAUCUCGGCGGUCUUCACUGAUCCCCAGAACAACGACGUCAAGCAAGAGAAUCAGAAGAUUGACUUCUCGGUGAAGAUCACCAACUUGCAGGCGGGAUCUUUCACGAACCCCGACAACACUUACUACGCUGCCCCGCAGACCCUUCAGGGAGGUAAAGUUGUUGGUCAUACACAUAUUUCCGUUCAGGAUAUGGGCAACAAUGCCAACAACCCUCCUGACGCUCAGACCUUUGCUUUCUUCAAGGGUAUCAACGACGCCGGCGAUGGCAACGGUCUUCUCACUGCUACUCUUGAUGCUGGUCUUCCUGCUGGUAACUACCGUGUCUGCUCGAUCACCUCUGCUAGCAACCAUCAGCCUGUUGUCAUGCCAGUCGCUCAACGUGGUCCCCAGGAUGACUGUGUGAGAUUCACUGUCGGCCAGGGCAACGGUGGCGGCAACAAUGGCGGCAACAACGGCCAGAACAACGGCCAGAACAACGGUCAGAACAAUGGACAGAACAAUGGACAGAACAACGGCCAGAACAACGGCCAGAACAACGGUCAACAAGGCGGUCAGCAAGGUGGCCAGCAAGGAGGUCAACAGGGAGGUCAGCAAGGAGGCCAGGGCGGCUUUGGUGGCUUCGGUCGCGGACGCGGACGUGGACGAUUCGGCCGCCGCAGCUUCGCCGCCCGCGACUUUGUUGCUUGA